AUGAGGAGCACGACUUCAGCCUGCUGCCGGACCCGGCAGCGUGAUGUCGAGGUCGAGGAGUUCCAAGCGCAGCUGCAACAAGAACAUCCACAGCGUAACUCUUACAUCGGCGUCAAAGAGAAGCAGCCUCUGCUCCCCAUGUCGUCAGUGACAUCGUUUGCUCCGGGCGGGAACAACUCACGGGUCCGCCGCUCCCUUGCCGUGGCCCUGGUGGGCGCGCUCUGUUUUAUGAUUUUCGCACUCCAUCGACUGCGCGAGCUGCAAUCCCAACGACCGUUCAGCUUCCCCACGUCAGAGUCGGCUACCGGGUUUUCUAGCGAUCUCCGGGUAUGGCAAUUUGACAAGCCAGACGACGUGAAGGUCAUUGGCCUGGUGUUCUUUGGGAGAAAGAGUCGCGUGGAGAUUCUCCGCUGUUACCUUGAACGCAAUCUGGUCGAUCACGGAGGCUGGCUCGAUGAAAUCCACUGGGUGAAGAACACCGACAAUCCCGACGACCUCAAGUACCUUGAAGAAAUCUUGGCUUCUUCUCCGCGAUACAAGACGGUCGAGCUCGAAGGAGUUGGCUUUGUCGGUUACGGUCAGGCUUGGGGGAAGCUAGAGCGCGAGAGCUUGUAUGUCAAGAUUGACGACGACGUGGUGUGGUUUGACGACGACACGAUACCGCGCAUCGUGAGCAUGAAACUGGCGCAUCCAGAGUAUCUGCUCGUAGCUGCCAACAUGAUCAACUCGCCACUCAUGGGCUGGGUCCAUUAUCACAUGGGCGCGCUACACCCGUACCUACCUGAGCUCGCCGACUACCAACCUGGCAUUUUCCACCCCAGGAAACCGUCCCGUAAACAUUGGACAUACUGGUCGUAUCCAGAGUGGACAGGGCCCGCCGACUACUUCUUCGGCAUAACUCAAGAGCCACCAUACGAUGGCCACCGGUGGCUGCGCCUGCCCGAGGACACCGACAUGCACCGCACACCAGCGUCGGAAAUCGAGUACGCGACAUGGGGCACGGGGCUCAAGUCGUGGGCCAUCGCCGCACAAGAGCACUAUUCUUUCCUGGAAAACCUCGCGGACGACAACCUCGACGUGUACAAGAUGGGUGUCCGCAGCGUGGAUCCCAACGGCGGCAAGCCGUGGUUCACACUCGACAAGCGUCUCAGCAUCAAUUUCAUCACCAUUUGGGCGGAUGACGUUCUCGACAAUCUCCCAAUGGACACAGUGGACGAAGAAUGGUUGACCGUCAACUUGCCCAAGAAGCUACAGCGUCAAGUCGCCGUCAACACUGACGCUCUGGCAGUGCACUUCACCUUCGGGACGCAGGGUAGUGUCGACAUGACCGAUCUUUUGGCCCGGUAUCAUGACUAUGCGCUGGAAGAGAGAUGCGCCAGGCGGAUUUGA